AUGCUGGAGUAUGUUGGCCGGACAAAGAUGGAUGGGCUGGAACAAAAGGCUGGGACGGGGCCAAGUACGCGACAGGCGCUAAAUGAGCGGACAAAGAUGAAUGGGCCAAAACAGAAUGCUGCACUGGGCCCAUUGUGGAUUGAGAAGGAAGCUAAGAGAAAGGCAGCAUAUGCACGGGCAGGAAAAUCUGUUGCAGGAAAAGAGAAUAGAGGGGAGAUCAAUGUUCAGAAAAUAGAUGUGAAGUACGUGAAAGACUUCUGUUUUCCUAUCAUCUUCAACAAACACAAAUUAAAGAGGAACCAGCAGAAAAAAUGGGCUCUAGAACUCAUCUUCAGCUUCCAGUCAUUGAUUUUCUGCAAGUCAGCUUAUCUUAAGCCAGGUACUUCAGAAUGGGACUCUGUGAGAUCCCAAGUUUGGAAAGCAAUUUCGAAAGAUGGCUGCUUCAAGGCUUUAUUUGACAAAAUUCCUGUAGAGAAUCAAAAGACAUUACUUUGUUCGCUGGAAGAGCGUUUUGACCUACCUUUACCAGCCAAAAGCCGCUGUGUUUCUGAAAAUCCCUUUCGUAGCUACUUUGAGUCUCGGUCUGUGCCCCGACGUGAAAGCUUUGGUAUUCAAGAUCCCUUGAUGUUGAAAAACUGCGACGACAACUUCUGUAUUGUCUCGUGGUCAGAAGGUAACCCGAGUUUAAGGUGA